GAAUGGAGGUUCAAAGGUCCAAGAAAUCAGCUGGUGGGAAAUUAAUGAAGCAUUUUACAGCGAAUGUUGGCGCGAUUCCAAUCAUUGGGAACAAGGCCAGCAAGCCAAUCACGGAGAAGAGAAGAAGAGACAGGAUCAACAAAUGUCUCGUGCAACUGAAGAAUAUCGUAAUGAGGGCAAAGGGCAAAGAUGAAAAACGUUUUGCAAAAAUGGAGAAAGCAGACAUACUGGAAAUGACGAUUGGCCACUUGGUUGAAAUGCAUCAGCAAAAUAUCGGAAAACGCUUUGUGGAUCAUUGGGGUAUUGCCACGCCACAGCCUAAAAUUCCAAUGGAUCCGUUCAUAGGAAUGAGAAACAACGUAAGAGGGUACACAAAUCAGGGUUUUCAUCCAAGUGAGCAAUUCUACACCCCUGCUUAUAAAUGUGGAUACAGUGGCGAUAAAGAAAUCAUGGACGUCAAUUUUGAAACUGAUGACGUAAUGGAAUCAAGCAGCGUUAUGUGCGGGUCUGCAUCCCGUGUUUUCGUCUUUGUAGAAAAUAAAGCUACAACACGCACGCAAUUCAAAGAAGAUCAAGAAAAUUUGUCAAAGGAAUGGAACCGUUUUCCCCACAUUCACGACCCUCUUUUGACCUCUACCCCAGUGGACGUUAGUGCUAUUAAACCAAUCAGGACCUCAACCCCUCUCGACCUCCCGUCUCAGAAGAAAACAUUCUUUUCUCCAGAUGAGUUGCUCUUGUCAGGAAGGUACGACAUUGAUCUAAACACUUCCCCGGAUCUACGUGUCCGUCUGUUUACCAGUAAUGAGGAAUCAUCUGACGGAAGUUUAGGAAGAAAAUCUGUCUGUGAGUCUACCAGUGCAGAAUUGUCCUCAGAGUCCUCCUCAAGUGGCGGAUCUAACAAGGAGAACAGUCUCUGGAGGCCAUGGUGAUAUGCAGGCGUUGAACACUAUUAACUAAUUUGUAAAAAUACAGAAUGUAUAUAAUUGUAGAUAAUAAUUUAUUUCUUCUGUACAUGUCCUGUUGAUAUCACUAAUUUAUUACGAAUAAAUGUAGAUCUGCUCAAGCAAUUCAAUGUUUAUUGAA